AUGAAACCUACACCUUGCAUCGCGGCUUUUGCUGGCAUUAUCAGUUUUGCUGCCGCAGUCCCUCCCGCCUGUUUACUUGCAGCUUUGGGCCAGCAACGUAACCCUGCUUCGAUUGAUGACCUCUGCACCGAUCUCAUGCCCGCCAUGCUCGGCAACUUGACAAUCUCCUGCCAAAGCGCCAACCUCAAGGAUGCCUAUAAUGCCUACGCAUCCACGUGUAUUGAAAUUGGCGUCAAGGUUGACGAUCUACCCUCAGCCUCGACCACAAGCGCCGCUGCUACCUCGACCCCGGGAGCUUCAGGUAACCCCAGUCCCGAUGCUACCCCGACGCCGUCAUCAGCCACCACGACCGAUGGCCCUCAAGAAUCAAAGCCUAGCGCUGCUGGCGCUAUUGCUCCCCAUGCGGUUCUCUUUACUGUUCUCGGGUUGUCUGCGACUGGCCUCGUCAGCAUAGUAUUCCUUUAG